AUGUCGGGCUACAUGAACAACAUGAUGAUCUCGGUCGGCCUCAUGGUCGUCGUGCAGUCCGUCGUCAACUCGUACUUUGGCUUCGAGACGCCGGCUACCUGCGCGCCGGGCGUCAACGACAACUCGUGGAUUCCCGAGUACCAGUCGACGACG